GCAGCAGCAGCAGCAACGAUGCAAUUAGGCGAGUUAUGCAGAAUGACGUCACACUUGGAGCCAGGAGAGGGAACAGGCAAACAGGAAAACGGAGGAGUCACUUGGGGAUGGAGAAACCCGAGUCCUCCAUAGGGGACGAGAGCAACGCCGAGUUGGAAGAUAGAGAUCCAAAUGAUCUAAACAAGCAUCUUCAGGUAAUGUGGGACGAUGUGAUCGGAGAACCGGAAGGGAUACGUAGCCCGGAGUGCGCUUGGCGUUUGAGCGGCCACUGCUUCCGGUUGUCCAGGGGUUGUUGCUACAUAUUCCUGUCCGUCCUCGUCGCGCCCCUGCUAGCUCUCUGCUUUGGCUUCACGUUCGCCUGCCUCGCGUUUCAGCAUAUAUGGUGUCUGGCUCCGUGUCUCCGCGUCUGGAAAAUCACCUGCGCGGCGACCAGGAGUUUUCUCUCAGCGGUCACGCAGGCGAUCGUGCGACCCGUUAUGGAUUCCCUUGGCUAUCUGUUUCACAACAUCCGAGUGUACAAUCAAAAGCUACCGGAUGGUCCGGCUCAAAAAGACGAUAUUCUUGUGGUUUAAAUUGUGAAACAUAAUACAAAUUCA